AAUAAUUUCACAGGUGCACCAUAUUCUUUAUAUGUCAAUUUUAGAACAGUUGUAGAACUAGGAUUGGUUGAACAUCCAUCAAAUAUUGUAAGGCAUUCAAUCAAAUUGUUGAUAUCAACACGGAAUGCAACAGUAUCAUCAGUGAGUUGAUAUUCCUAUAAAAAAUUUUGUACUAUAUUACUAGACAAUUAGUAUUAUACUGCUCAAUUUAUACUUGAAAUAUUUCACUGCCAAUAAAUGUGUUUGCCUGUACACAUUUAGAGUCUUCUACAACUAUUUUUAAACCGUGUUCAGUUGCAAAACACACGCCAACCUAUAAUGAAAAAAUUAUUAUAGGAGAUACUGGAGUCUAAGAUGUCUUGGAAAUAAAUAGAAAGUAGUAAUACAAAUUUCUUUCAUAAAAUUAUAAUUAUUGUUUUAUUUUAUAUUUUGGGGGUAUGAUUAAUAUGUUAGCAUGAACAUACAGAGAACUCACGUCUUUAAAAUUGACUGCCUUCAACAAUGAUGAGAUGUGUUUGACAUUGUCAGCUUUAGCGACUAAAAGAUAUUUUUCUUCAAGUGAAUCAUUUUUUUCAGAUUCCAUAUUAGUUAAUAAUUUAUAACAUGGAUCAUAAAUUGGAAUUUUUUUUAUUAAAAUAUUUUCAUAUUAAUCACCUUAAACAACGAAAUAUGAAAAUAAUAACAUUCCGAAUGGUUCAGUAAGUUCAACGCAUACUUAUACAACUAUAAUUUACAACAUAUAAGAUGUCUAUUACAGUUCAACGUCAAAUUUCAAAUUUGACUACAUUAUAACUUUGAUAAGUUAUUUCAAUUCGUUCUUAUCAGCCUAAAGCCUUAUACCUUAAUUCACAUGUUAUCAUCUAUCAAUUAUCGAAGUUAUCAAUAUGGAUUUUUCUGUGUUAUCAGUUUUUUCAGUGUUACCAAAUUUAUUUUGUCUACGUGCUAAUAGAUAAAUGUGGAAAGGUAAUCAAAAUGUUAGGUUAAUGUACGAAGUAUUUUGUAAACAAUUCUUUUCGUUCUUUGCAUUAGCUCAAUUUUCUUGUUCUCUCUUCUCGGGCUUGGGUAAGUUCAUUUUUAUCUAACUUAAUCCAUUUAUAUGUACAGUAUUAUAACUUAAUAAUUAUAAGAAAUUGUUUAAGGUACUCCAUUAAAUAAUUUAAUAACUAUACGUAUACAUUUUGAUGUCUGUUGAAAUUUAUUCUUUAUGAUACAAUAUUAGUUAAAAGCGGUCUUAUGCUUGUUUGUUUCAGUUUUUACUUGUAUUGUAUUAUCUACUUUGGUUAUUAUAUUAUUUGCUAUUAGUGUCGGAUUGAGAAAUAAAUCUAGCUUAACGUUGCUGGAAUCGUUGCUGAUGAGUUUGGUAACUCGGCUCAAUCCUGCACUGUUCGCCAAAUCUAUAAUACCAUAACAUUUUAUUUUUAUUAAUAUACAUAGGUAAUUGAUAAUUUGUUUUUUUUUAGUCUUGCAGACGAAACUAUAAAAUGGCCAAAUUAACUAGGGAACGUAAACGCAAAUCUGCGAUAAAUGAAGUGGUUACUCGUGUGUACACCAUUAACAUGCACAAAAGGCUUUUGAAUAUUGGUUUCAAAAAGCGAGCCCCUCGUGCAAUCAAGGAAAUCCGCAAAUUCGCCACCCAACAAAUGGGCACACAAGAUGUGCGCAUUGAUACUAGGCUGAACAAAUUUGUUUGGUCAAAGGGAAUAAGGUGCGUACAACAUUUUUUAAAAAUUCAAAACAUAAGUACCAGCUAUGGUACUCAACAAUUUUCUUUUUUUUUUUUAAUUAAAAUCACAUUGAACCUACAUCAAAAAUUAUAUUUUGGUUGAUUGAGGGAUACUAUUAUUAUUCUUUACUUAUAGUAGUGAAUUCAAAUUUGUUUUACUUGUCACUUAAUAUGAUAAUGUAUCAUAACAUAAAUUUUAUUUGAUUGCAUGCAUUUAAUUCUAAUUAAUAAGAGAAAAAAAAGUUUGGAUUUAUCAUACUAAAGAGUAUAGACAUUUUUGAGUUGAACCUAUAAUUAUUGUAUGAAACAUUUUUUUUUUUUUUAAUAAUAUAUUUUAUUCCAUCUGUGAAUGCACGAGUUAAGAAUCCAUUUUUUUUUUUUUUUAUUUAUUUGGUUAAAUAGGAACUUGCUUUGAAAUAUUUUGGUUUUAAUUUCAAUUUGUAAACUGUAUGAAGUAUAUAUUGGCAAAUAAUUCCAAGUUGUACCAAGUAAGGGAUGAACAUGCAUUGAUUCCUUAUUGGUGGCGUUAUCAAAUAGGUUCUGAAUACUUACUAGCUCAAAUUAAUAUUGAAUAAUCUUUCAUUUCGAUUGCCAAAUAUAACUAAAAUAUAUUUUACAUCUACCCAAGUAUAAAAUUACAACAGACAUUUGCAAAGACCAAUACAACUUUAUAAUUUGAUGAUAUACCAAAUUAUACAAAACAUUUUUAAAUUUUGCACAAAAUUAGUGUUUUUGAAUUUGUCUACUAAUAUUACAUUCUAUAUUAUUUUUUUAUUAUAUUUCAUUUGCAUCCGCAAAUAUUCUUAAAUAUUAAAAAACUAAUGUAAUAUAAUAUUUAAAAUACAUUUUCUGAUUUUCUUAGAAAUUCUAAAAAUUAAAAUUGAGGUCUACAUUAAAUUUAUAAUUGUUUUCAAAAAGUAGGUAGGUCUAGUUAAUAUUUUCUUUGUAAUUUGAUGGCUUAUUAUAUGUGCGUAUAAAAUAAUAAAAGAUAAAAAAUAAAUAUUUUAAAACUUUUGUUGGUUGUUUAAAUAAGUGUUUUUUUUUUUUGUAUGUAGAUGUUGAGUACUCUUUAUUAUGUUAUUUCUAUGUAGACGUUUUACAUGGCUGAACAUUCUAAAAGUUAAUAGAUACAUAUUUAAGAUAUACAUUUAUAAAGAUAACAACUUUUUAAUUUUAUAAAAUAAUACAAUAGCAAAUUAAAUUAAUAGUUUAUUGAUAAUUUUUAAUUUUUUUGACCAUAGUAUUUGUAUGUUCAAUUUUAGGAGUGUACCAUUCCGUAUUCGUGUACAAUUAGCCAGAAGACGAAAUGACGAUGAAGAUUCCCCACACAAGUUAUAUACUUUGGUAACCUGGGUUAAUGUACCUACAUUUAAAAAGUUAGGUACAGAAAAUGUUGACGGAACCGAAGAAUAAACUUGUAAACACUUUGUCUUUGAUAAUAAAUAAGUAUAAAAAUGAUAAAUUGUUAAUAAUACAUGGUAUUUUUUAUUUUAUCUAUAUUCCACAAAUUAUCAGAU